AUGGCGUCGUACACUCUCUCCUUCAUCCCUGUGACGCUCUCUACUCCUCAGAUCUUCGUCUCGGGUCAGAAUGGAUCUUCCUCUCCUUCUUCUCGGAUCCCUCUUCCUUCAUUGUUAGGUCAAAAGCUUCUACUCACACAACCUUCGCGUCGCUGCUUCGUCCCCAAGCACCGCUGCUCGACGUCGGCCAGCACCGUCUUAAACGUCCCGACUUCGCAACCGGAGAAUGGCUCUUCGGAUAUGAUACCAAAAUGGUCUGCGAGAGCGAUAAAAUCACUUGCGAUGGGGGAAUUGGAGGCUAGGAAAUUCAAGUAUCCAAACACUGGGACUGAAGCCAUUCUCAUGGGUAUUUUAGUCGAAGGUACUAGCACGGCUGCUAAGUUCCUGAGGGGAAAUGGAGUCACGCUUUUUAAAGUGCGAGAUGAGGCGAUAAACCUGCUGGGGAAAUCAGACAUGUUUUUUUUCAGCCCAGAGCAUCCUCCUCUAACUGAACCGGCUCGAAAGGCCAUUGAUUGGGCCAUUGAUGAGAAGAAGAAAUCUGGUGUGGAUGGGGAACUGACCACAGCCUACUUGCUCCUAGGGAUUUGGUCUCAAAAAGAAUCAGCAGGCCGCCAGAUUUUGGAGACGCUUGGGUUCAAUGAAGAUAAAGCCAAAGAAGUUGCUAAAUCGAUGAAUGAAGAUGUAAAUUUGAGCUUCAAGAAACAAGGUCAAUAG